CCUCAGCAGCAAGCCUAUCGUGACCUUCCGCCUAUCUACAACAUGUCUGUCGUGUCAACAAGCAGUGACAUCACGCUGGUAGGGAAUAUGGAGCAGCCCAAUCCAUCGGGCUUCCCAUGUUCCCUGGCCUCCAAAACACCCGAGGUUGGACAGCAUGGAGUCCGAGACAUCCUGCGGCUUCACACAAGCCCCAUAGAGCUUGGUGAUACCCAGGAGAAGUCUUUAUCCUCCAAGCAGAGAGACAGCAUCCAGCACCUGUUGUCAGACAGCGUCAUGAAUCCACUAGUGAAACCUUUGGUGGACCAGAUAGUGAUGGAUUACAAGAUCAACACCAGGUCACCAGGCAGCGAGGCCCAAGUGAAUUUGGAGCUCUCUUGUGACUUGGCAGAGAAGAUUAUGAAGGAUAUCUUUCUGCAGUUGUUUGAGAUCCUAAUUCCUUUGUCAGGGCCAGCUGCCAACACCAGGGACUCUGCUGUAGAAGACAGCACCACGAGCACGGCCAGAAAUGGCAUACCUGUGGACAGGGAUGACCUCCCAUCAGGCAACUGUUUCUCAGGUGUGCCCCCGAGAGGUGGAAAGGAGCGUCCACUACAUCAGGUUAUCGGAGGAUACGGAUCUGCGGAGGACCCACCUGCACCGCCCCCUGGUGGAGACAGUGAGGCCCUGCUGUGCUUGCCCAUUCCCACCCCCUGCUCGCCCCUCGUGGAGACUGAAACGGCCUGAAAAUCUCCCCCGCCCCCCGGGAUUACGUUUUUUACUUUU